AUGAAAGUUACAAUGAAGCUCUGGCGAGAACCCAAAAGCUUCUUCUGGGCAAGCAAGCAUGGAGAGCUGUCCGUUUUGGUUUCGUAGUUUUUUAGGGAGCCUGGUGGCUUAGAUUGUUAAUUGUUGUAGAUGCUUCCGAGUUCGAGAUUGUGGCUCUUUCACUUGUGUUUCGACGUCCCCUCUCAGCUCCAGGAAUCGCAUAUAAUAGGGGUUUGCGUCUGUGGUCGUCGGUGCGCUUGGAAUCCACGCGAGGCGUGCUAGUGAUAUUGUUUUGGAGAGGAUCCUGACGAUGGUUGAGGGUUAGGGUUUUGAGCAAAUUUGUUUGGUGUAGUUUGAGGAUUGAGUGGAGGAGGAGGUGUAACGUUUAGAGAGAUGUCUUCGUCCAAGAAAGAGAAGGCGGAUGCCGCAGCAGCCGCGGCGGAUAGGAUUAAGGCAGCUGCGUUGAGUGCUGCGAAGGGGUUGAGCAGGACGCAGGCGGAGAGAGCAGCGGCUGCCGCGGCGCGGAACGUGAACGCGUAUGGACAGAAGGAGGAAGGGCCGAGUCGAUGGCAGGAGCGGAAGGAAGCCAAGCGGCAGAUGUAUUUGAUGAGUACAGAGAAGGCCGUAAAAUUAGGAGUCAGGAAGGAUGCAAAGUCGGGUGGUGCUGGGGUGUUCGGGGGUUCACAGCAGUGUCAGAAGUGUUUUCAGAUGGGGCAUUGGACAUAUGAGUGCAAGAACGACAGGGUUUAUAUUUCCCGUCCGACUCGGACUCAGCAGCUCGCAAACCCUAAGCUGCGGCCAAAGCUCAUGGAGCCCGAGGAAGUUUUGGUAGACCCAAGGGCGUUGCAGCGGGAUGUACUGCGUGAAACUGCGUCUAGAAAAGCUGGUGAGGAAGGGCGAAAGAAGCGAAAGUCGAAGCCGAAGGAGAGCAGCAGUGAGAGUGAAAGCGAGAGCGAAAGUGAUUCUCCGUCUGAUACCAGCAGCGAGGAGAGUGAUGUUGAUAGUGAGAGUAGUGAUGAUGAUCGGAGAAAGAGAAGUAGUCGUGGGAUGAAAAAGAAGAGAGUUUACAGCGAGAGUGAAAGUGAGAGCGAGAGCAGCGACGAUGAUCGGAAGAGGACAAGAAGUUAUCGUUCAAAGAAUGGUCGCAGAAGGAAGUCGAAGGUGACGGAGAGCGAUAUCGACAGUGAAAGCAGUGACGAUGAUCCGAAGAGGAAAAGAAAUGAUCGUUCAAAGAAUGGUCGCUCUAGGAAAUCUAAGGUGGCGGAGAGCGAUGUCGACAGUCAUGAUGAUCGGAAGUCGAGGGCUAACGGCCGAUCAAGGAAAACAAAUGAGUCGGAGAGUGAUUUGGAGAGUGAAAGUAGUGAUGAUCAUCGGCGGAGGAAGAGUGGUUCGAGGAACAAAAAGAGGCGCCGUUCUUCUGACAGUGACGAUGAUCGUUCAAGACGAAAGUAAUUUACUGGAGUAGAUCUUGUGGGAACUCUGAAUGCACGAAAGUAUCUACCAUGAUCAUCGCAAACGGAAGAAGUUCUACAACAGUCGGCAAAGCCAUAUUUGUUAAGUUUUAGGUUUGUACAGUAUAUUUCGCGUCAAUGCGCGAGUGCGAAUCUAGACCAACUCCGCUGUGCGUUGAGUUAAGCGGCCCUUGCAACUUUCCUGGUUUGUUCCGAAAAGAUGAAGUUGACAACUUUGGUCUUUGACGAGUUGUCGAAUUUUGAUCUGCUGCUUUUAGUUGGUGGUUCAGUUGCCAUGGAUCUUAUGAAUCAGGUUGUUAUGCUUUUUAAAUCCAGGUACGACUAGUACAAUUAGUUUGCAUUUCUCUUUGAGAUUUUGUGUUUGGUUCCUGAAAGGAUGCUGACGUUAGGAACGAUUUAGCCCGAGACUUUUGGGGAGGUUCACAUCAUUAACUAGGUAUGAAGAUGCCAGUGUAUUUUCUUUAAAGAAGCUUUCUAGAAUUGUUCAAUUGUGAAGCUUAUCACGCGGAUCAUUGUCCUUUGCAAGAUGAACGAAGUAUCUCCGGUGGGUGUGCUGUUUUACAGCUUGGUUUCUUCGCUUACAAUUUAGUGUGGACCCAUUUCCUGUUCUUAUGAAAUUGGAAUCUUAUUUUUUUGCGAA